AUGGCAGACGCUGCUGUAGAAACCGCUCCAGCAGAUGAAAAUGAUGAUAAUUGGUUAUAUGGAGAAUCAGCGAAUGAACAAAUUGAAACGGAAGCAUCAGCUACUGAUGAAAAAGCACAGGAGCAGGAAAAUUCGAAUAAGGAGAGAAUAGAUGAUGAUGUUAAAGAACAGGAAGAGACGGAGACAAAUGAAGGUAACAAUGAAGACUCUCAUUUCAACGAUGAACACUUUGGUGAGGUGGACAGAGAUGACCAGGACCAGGCGAACGGAGAUGCGGACAGUCAGGACAACGGAGACUCAGACUCUGAUGAUAGUGACGACGUGAAAGUUACCAUUGGAGAAAUCAAGUCUGGGCCACAAGCUUACGCGAGUUUGAACAUAAAACGUGGUGUUGGCCUUGUAGCAGCUGGAACUGAGAAGCCCCGUCAAGGGCCAGCGGCCGGCAAUAAAGUGACUCUUGAAGACUUAGACGGCCCCGGAAGCAUCAACGGUGUGCCAGCACUAGAGUUUAAUAUUGACACGAUAGAAGAUAAACCCUGGAACAAACCUGGAGCUGAUAUAUCUGAUUACUUCAAUUAUGGUUUCAACGAGGUGACUUGGAGCGCGUACUGUGAGCGUCAGAGACGGAUGCGUGUGAGUGAGGCUGGCGUCGCUCUACACGUCGCGCCUCCGCCCCGCGCCGUACCAACUGAUAGGAGGCAACAAGGUCCACCGAGACAUGACGACAUGCCGCCAGGGAUGCAGAAUAACUACCAGUCCAGAGAGAAUACUAUACAGGUGAUGACAGCCGAGCGUCGUGAGUACGGUCGCGGGCAGGUGCGCGAGGCUGCGCCCCCCGCCGACUACUUCAGCGCCCCGCCCCCCGACCACUACUACCAGCCGCCGCCGCACGCUCCACACAUGCCCCCGCAUCAACAUACACCACACUCAUACGAGGAGCCUUGGGGUCACCCGGAGCAGACAGGCUGGGCUCCGUCAGAUAUAAAGGAACUAACUCCCGGACCCAUGGGGCCGCCGAUGGCGCUCGGCAUGCCGCCCGUACACAUGCCCGCACCCUACCCUACAUACCGCUCACACGUUACACACACACACGAACGAGACCGGGACCGGGAACGAGACCGAGACCGGGACCGGGACCGGGACCGACGGGACCGGGACCGGAGGGAUGAGGUGUGUAAGGUAGAUGAAUGA